AUGCGCGGCAACCGCCCUUUUGAAAAUUAUUACCUGUCGAGGUUUCCCGGCGGUGUUAACGCUGAAAUGAGAAACUUAGGCGUUUGGGACUGUCGUACCCAAGUUGAGCAAUGCGCUCGACAAUCGACGCGCAGCACCUUGGAUAUACACGUGCGAAGCUUUAAUGCCGUUGCGCGGCCGUAUCCCAAAUCUCACAGCAGCAAUGGCGACCACCACGUUGUUGUCAUCCUAGAUGAGGAUGAAGAAUUUAUUUGGUUGUCUACGCUACAAACAAAACCUGACAGAGUAAACUAUGACAAGGAAAGAUGGGAGGACCCAGCACGCGCAAUUACCUCCGUCGUCGGUGAUUCGCCCUUGCGCGGCGCAAAUGCAGUUCGCCAACGAGGGAAGGACAUGCAUGAUUCAGGAAGGGUGCCAGAUAUCAUCGAGCGAGAGCGGGUAAACGAGCCGGGGGGAGCACUCGAGGGAACGGCGAGGAAACUCCGAAUUACCACAACAUUUUCGACGAUUAACUCCAUCGCGAAAGUCCGCAGGCAAGUUCAUCUUGACCCCACCCUUCGCGUUCUCAACACUAUCGCAGUCGCGCUGACGACCGGCGAGCCCGGAGAAGUCUUCGCCACUGCAUUUGAGGGUCGUCAGGGGCUCACGCCCAUCUUAGCAAACAACGGCGCUGUCACUAUUGAAGACGAUCUGUUCAUGACUUGCAUCCUAACAGACCAUGUUCGCUCACGCUCUGAUGAGGAUGAGUUUCCCGGCUCUGCGCUGUAUCGCAGGGAGAGCUAUCUUCUUAAUGAACCUCCAUUCCCGAAAAUGAUGCUGAAUCUUUUGGCGCAUAUUGCAUCAGCGGCCCAGGCUUUCAGCUCCCGGGAUGCCAAUCUCUCACCAGACUUCUACGCGAUGCUGGCGAGACCUCCCAAUCACGUGCUUCGCCUCUGGAAUGAACACGAGGGGGACAAGCUGAAACGACAUCGACAUCUCAUCAAGGCUUGUCAGUACUAUGUAUCAUGGAAUUAUUAA